AUGGGGGAAGAAGAAGAAGAUUCUGUGGUUGAUCCAGAAGGGGUGGAACUACUUGGGCUUAUGGGGGAGGAAGAAGAAGAUUCCGUGGUUGAUCCAGAAGUGGUGGAACUGCUUGGGUUUAUGGGGGAGGAAGAAGAUGAUUCGGGAGUUGAUCCAGAAGUGGUGGAACUACUUUGGCUUAUGGGGGAGGAAGAAGAAGAUUCGGUGGUUGAUCCAGAAGUGGUGAAACUACUUGGGCUUAUGGAGGAGGAAGAAGAAGAUUCUGUGGUUGAUCCAGAAGUGGUGGAACUACUUGGGCUUAUGGGAGAGGAAGAAGAAGAUUCGGUGGUUGAUCCAGAAGUGGUGGAAAUACUUGGGCUUAUAGGGGAGGAAGAAGAAGAUUCCGUGGUUGAUCCAGAAGUGGAAGAAGAAGAUUCGGUAGUUGAUCCAGAAGUGGUGGAACUGCUUGGGCUUAUGGGAGAGGAAGAAGAAGAUUCCGUGGUUGAUCCAGAAGUGGUGGAACUACUUGGGCUUAUGGGGGAGGAAGAAGAAGAUUCGGGAGUUGAUCCAGAAGUGGUGGAACUACUUGGGCUUAUGGAGGAGGAAGAAGAAGAAGAUUCCGUGGUUGAUUCAGAGGUGGUGGAACUGCUUGGGCUUAUGGGGGAGGAAGAAGAAGAUUCCGUGGUUGAUCCAGAAGUGGUGGAACUACUUGGGCUUAUGGGGGAGGAAGAAGAAGAUUCGGGAGUUGAUCCAGAAGUGGUGGAACUACUUGGGCUUAUGGGGGAGGAAGAAGAAGUUUCGGUGGUUGAUCCAGAAGUGGUGGAACUACUUGGGCUUAUGGGGGAGGAAGAAGAAGAAGAUUCCGUGGUUGAUCCAGAAGAAGAAGAAGAAGAUUCCGUGGUUGAUUCAGAAGUGGUGGAACUGCUUGGGCUUAUGGGGGAGGAAGAAGAAGAUUCCGUGGUUGAUCCAGAAGUGGUGGAACUACUUGGGCUUAUGGGGGAGGAAGAAGAAGAUUCGGUGGUUGAUCCUGAAGAGGUGUAA